CAACAGUAAAUGCGGGCAUCCAGACGCCCGACUGAGUGCGGCGGUUCCUUCCCGAUAGCUCGGAUGCCAGUGCAUGGAAAGGGCGAAACAAACACGCACACAAACAAACCCAAGCCAAACCGAUUCGGAGAGAAGGCAAAUGCGUAUUGUCACGGACGCUCAGUGAUGCUACAGCAAGUUGAAGUCCUGGAAGUAAAACCGCAGCAGAUUGGGAAUAAACGGAUUGGAGAUCGGCGUUGCUCAUUGCAGAGCGCACUCACAUCAUUGGGAAUACAGAGACGCAGCGUGGAUUUACCGGAGUCCUCAGUUUGUGAACUGAAGUCAACCCAUUUUCUGCAACGUAUUUUCUUUUCGUAACAUUCUUUUCUAUUUUUUUCCUGCUGUUGUGUUUCAUUAGAUUUGUUAUCCCCUCUAUGUUCUAAUGUUAAGUAUACCCUUUUCAUUUUAUUUUCUCAUCCUGGGUUCGUCUUUGCGAGGGUAGAUUGUGGUGAACGAUACUCGAUCUCUCAAACUGAGUCGUGUCAUGGAUGGCAAAUUUCAUUUGCAUCUACGGAUCAAAGCGGGGAAUAUAGAAUAACUACUGCUGACAGAGACAAGGACAAAUGACAUAGGAUGAACACUGCUGGUCAUCUCUGUCUGUCUGUGCUGUCGUACCUUUUUGGACUGGCCUGGGCCACGGAGCCGCUAGGUCAGGCUGCCCCCUGCUCCUCUCUGGUGGCUGGGGUCUUGUACGGCUCCUUUUCGCUCAGGGACCUCUUUCCCAGCCCGUCGGCUCUGGCGUCCGGAUGCUCGUGGACUGUGGAGAACCCUGACCCCACCAAGUACUCACUCUAUUUCCGUUUCAAUCGCCAUGCCGGCGCCUGUUUAGCUUUUUCCCCUCUAGUGCUGCCCUUGGACCACUACCUCUCAAAUCAGACUUGUGGCCCCCCAGACCAGGCCUUUCCUUCGGUCUCCGAAGCUGUUGAGCUCUGCAUGGUCCCUGGACCACACACCUUCCUGCAGUUUGAUAAAAACUUUGUGCAGUUGUGCUUGACUGCCCACCCCAGCGCAGAAAACAAUAGCCAGGAUGAGCAAGGAGCAACCCCACUGUCGGCGGAAACUCUCGACUUCCGGCUCGUAGAGGUACUGCUCAUCAACAACGAGAACUCCAGUCAGUUUACGUGUGGAGUCCUGUGUCGAUGGUUCGAGGAAUGCUUGCACGUCGGCUCAGGUUGGGAGGCAGAGAGCUGCAGUAUCACGCAAACGGGUUGCGUUUGCCCCAACACUGCGCCUCCGGUCUCGCUUUUGCCCACCACACCCCAUAAUCACUCCUUAGACCCAGACGCUAGUGUGUUGCAACCGCCACCCGACGACUGUUGUGUCACACAGCUGCAUUCAAAGACUGGCAUCGCUAUCGCACCAAGAGAUGUCAGGCAAGAACCUGAUGACGAUGAGCAGAAGGUGAAGACACAGAGACCAAGAUCAGCUGACCAGCCAGGUGUGUUCCAGGCUCAGACAGGUGACCCAGCAGCAGAGGAAUGGUCUCAAUGGAGCGUGUGUUCGUUGACAUGUGGGCAGGGUUGGCAGGUUCGUUCUCGUUCGUGUGUAUCUUCUCCAUACGGGACCCUCUGCAGAGGCCCGCUGAGAGAGACCCGACUGUGUAACAAUACUGCCACCUGCCCAGGUGAGCCGCAGCAUCAAGCAGUGCAUGGGCUGUGGGAGGAGUGGUCUUCAUGGAGCUUGUGCUCAGUCACGUGUGGCCGUGGCUCUCGGACCCGAAGCAGGAUCUGUGUGGUACCUCUUCUUGGAAGCAAGGGCUGUGGAGAGCCCGAGGUGCAGACCAAACUCUGCAAUAUAGCUGUAUGCCCUGUAGAGGGGCAGUGGUUGGACUGGGCGGCCUGGUCUCAGUGCUCUGUUUCCUGUGGUUCUGGCACUCAGCAGAGACAGCGGCGAUGCAGUGUGUCGGUACAUGGCUGGGCAGAGUGCAAAGGCCCGCAUGCGGAAACUCGCGAAUGCACCAACCCAUCUUGCGGGGGUGGAGGUAACUGGGGAGCUUGGAAUCACUGGAGUCUUUGCUCCAAAACGUGCGAUUCCGGUUGGCAGCGGCGUUUCCGGAUGUGUGAAGGCACAGGGAUCCAGGGUCACCCAUGUGAUGGCUCCGGGGAGGAAGUGCGUGCCUGCAAUGACAAGAAGUGCCCAGCAUCUCAUGAAAUCUGUAAAGACGAGUACCAAGUAUCCAUGACGUGGAAGAGAGCAUCAGCUGGAGAGACUGUAUACAACAAGUGUCCAUCAAAUGCCACUGGAUCUGCUAGUCGUCGUUGUUUGCUGGACGUUAAUGGAGUUGCUUACUGGGGUCCUCCGAGCUUCGCCCGAUGUGUCUCACUCGAAUAUAGAUAUUUACAUUUAUCUUUGCGAGAACAUCUUGCGAAGGGUCAGAGGACCCUGGCAGGGGAGGGCAUGUCUCAGAUCGUGAGGAGUCUCCUGGAGUUAAUGUCCCGUAAGGAUUAUUAUAGCGGUGACCUCUUAUUCUCCGUGGAGAUUCUCCGAAAUGUGACGGACACCUUCAAGCGAGCAACCUACAUCCCAGCUCCUGACGACGUGCAGAAAUUUUUCCAGAUUGUCAGCUUAAUGUUGGACAUUGAAAACCUUGAGAAAUGGGAAGACGCCCACCAGGUCUCUCCAGGUUCCACAUUGCUGAUGCGAGUUGUGGAAGACUUCAUUCAUCUAAUUGGAGAAGCUCAGAAGCCGUUCCAAAGCUUUCUGGUUGUCACCAACAACCUCAUCAUCACCAUCCAACGAGAGCCGGUUUCGGCUGUAUCCAGCGACGUCAACUUUCCUAUGAAGGGAAGGAGAGGGAUGAAAGACUGGGCGCGAUCUGCAGAUGACAAACUCUUCAUUCCCAAAGAAGUCUUUAUCCUUUCUUCAGAUGAAUCCGACGACACGCCGUACUUUGUCAUUGGAGCCAUCCUGUACCGCACCCUCGGCCUCAUAAUGCCUCCACCCAAAGAUCCAUUUGUGAUCAGCUCAAAGAUACUGACAGUGACGGUGCGUCCUUUACCUAAGCCCACCGAGCCGCUGGUGUCAGUAGAGCUCGCCCCUUUGCUUAACGGCACAGUGGAUCCUCAGUGUGUCGUCUGGGACUAUGAAAACUCAGAGACUGGCGAGGAAAACUGGGACACAGAAAGCUGCCAAACGCUUCCAUCGCCGGCACUCUCCCACACCAAAUGCCUGUGCAGCAAGCUGUCCACCUUCGCAGUUUUAGCACAGAAAGCUAAGGAACCGGGUAUGGGACCCUCCAGUAUGCCGUCUGUGCCCCUCAUGGUGGGCUGUGGCAUAUCCUGCACGGCUCUACUCAUCCUGCUGCUCAUCUACGCUGCCUUUUGGAGAUACAUCCGUUCAGAAAGGUCCAUCAUCUUGGUGAACUUCUGCAUGUCCAUACUAGCCUCCAAUGUGCUUAUACUAGUAGGACAGUCCCAGACUCUCAGUAAGGGGCUGUGCACUGUGACUGCUGCCUUUUUGCACUUCUUCUUUCUGGCCUCUUUCUGCUGGGUGCUGACAGAGGCGUGGCAGUCCUACCUGGCCGUGAUUGGCAAGAUGAGAUCCCGCCUCAUUCGAAAGCGUUUCCUGUGCCUGGGCUGGGGUCUUCCUGCCCUUGUGGUUGCUGUAUCUGUGGGCUUCACCCGGGCUAGAGGUUACGGCACGCCAAAUUAUUGCUGGUUGUCUUUGGAAGGCGGGCUGCUCUAUGCAUUUGUUGGCCCUGCUGCUGUCAUUGUACUGGUCAACAUGCUAAUUGGAAUAGUGGUCUUCAACAAGCUCAUGUCUAGAGAUGGCAUCUCAGACAAGUCCAAAAAGCAGAGAGCAGGCCCGCCAGUGGAGGCACGUAGCAGGCUGCUCCUGAAAUGCUCCAAGUGUGGGGUGAUCUCCAGUACCGCCUUGUCCAGCUCUACCGCCAGAAGCGCCAUGGCGUCUUUAUGGAGCUCUUGUGUGGUUCUCCCCUUGUUGGCUCUCACAUGGAUGUCAGCAGUGCUGGCCAUCACCGACCGCCGCUCCACGCUCUUCCAGGUGCUCUUCGCUGUCUUUGACUCAGUCCAAGGCUUUGUUAUUAUCACCGUGCACUGCGCCAUGCGCCGAGAGGUGCAGGAUGCUGUGCGCUGCAGAAUGGGUGGCUGCAAAGACGACAGUGAAAACUCCCCUGACUCCUGCAAGAACGGCCAGGUGCAGAUCAUGACUGAUUUUGAAAAAGAUGUGGAUUUGGCCUGUCAAACGGAGAGAGGACACCCAUUCAUCUUUAAGGAGGUGAAUACCUGUAAUCCUGCUACCAUAACUGGCACUCUAUCACGCAUCUCCCUGGAUGAUGAGGAUGACCCCAAGUUGGCGGCCCACCAGGAAGGAGUCAACUUCAGCAGCCUGCCGGGGAACAUCCCACCGCCUAACCUCCUGGUGCAGGUACCUCCACUGGGUCCCCUGAACGAGCUUAGCGAGCAGUCACUGAAGAAGGAGGUCAAUAUGGACCAGCAAGGUCAACACCAGCGAUCUGGACCCAUCUACUUGUGUACUGAGAGUGGGCUGGGCUGGGCCCGACCGAACCCUCCUUCCACCCAAGAUUCAGCUGGUGUUGGAAGCAGUGAAGGAGACUACAUGGUUCUACCACGUCGGACAGUCAGUCUUAAGCCCCCUCCUCCAUCCCAGGAUGAGGGCAAGCCCUUGAACAUUACAGUAGAUGAUCCACCCUUUCCCCCACCCCCUUCACCCCUGACUCUACAUCCAGCCGAGAGCGAGGCGUACCCAGCGGACUUUGCAACCAUGGACCACAUCAGCAUGAACUUAAACCGCUCUUACGGCACGCUGAAACAGCUGCCAGCCCAUGCCGGGCACACGCACUCUCACACCAACACCCAUACCCUACAGGUCAAGCAGAAUCGAUCCUCUGUCCGGCAGAUUCUUACCUCGGGGACAGUAGAGCGCACCAGAACCCUUCCCCGCAACCUGGGCAGCACCAACUCCAGCCACUCGGCUGGAUCUUUGGAAAGGAAAAGGGUUCGGUACUCUGAGCUGGACUUUGAGAAAGUGAUGCACACUCGCAAAAGACACUCAGAGCUGUACCAUGAACUCAACCACUCCACCAAGUUCCACACCAUAGACAGGUAUAACAGGGACCCUGCCAUGUCCUCCUUUAAGAGGGAAAGGCGAUGGAGCAUUUCGUCUGCCGGAGGUGAAAAGAAUUCCUCGAGUGACAAAUCCACCACAGACGACCAGCGAUCUUGGGACAGCUUUAAAACCAUGAACCCCGAUCAGUCGUAUGGCAGCAGUGAACACAAGGACAGGCUGGAGUUACUCAGUAAACCCUGGGACACUUCCUCCGCAAUCACACCGGACACAUCCGAAGGAGACUUCCAGACUGAAGUGUGAAGAAAACACACAUCAUCCACAAACUGAGUGAAGACUAAACUCUGGUACAUACACCGUCUGUGAUCUUCAGCAGGACGUUCGCUAAAGGAUUCUGUACUUGUUUACAGGUGCGAGGACAGAUCAGAGAAGAAGAAGCUCUAUUCUAUAUUUUCACACAGAGACAUGAAAUGAACGUGUGGGGCUGGGAGCGUAUGGUAAACAUUUUUAACAAACUGUUUCUGAGAUGUCUUGAUUUUACUCCAGAAAAAAAUCUUGUUCACCUGUUUGCAGAUUUGGGAAUUUAAAAAAGUAAUAUUUCUGCACCCUUCUUUUUAUAAUGGAGAGAAAAAAUCCAGUACUAAUGAUUCGCACACUGUUGAACCUUUAGGGUUUUUCCUCUUUUCAUUCCUUGGAUGAUUCUAGGUCCGUUAUAGUUUAUCUUUUUGUUUUUUUUGGGGAGAGAGGGAAAGUUUUAAAGGGUUCAUUAAUAUGUGCCAUCUCUUCUGCUUUUCAUCUCUGCAUCAGGCAUACACACAACAUCAUUUUAGUGUUAAAUAUCUUUUGUGUGUGUGUUUUCAUUUGGAUUGUUUGUCCGAUCUUCGAUUUUUGUUUCUUAAAAAGUCGCCUAAACUUCAGGUAUCAUGUUUUUGGAGGCACUGAUAAAGGCUUUUGAUUUAUGUUUUCCAAAAUGUGGGGAGAAAAUAUUGUGCUUUAUUUUUAUUUGCAACAGCUGUUCAUGCACACUAGGAAAAUAUUUUUGAUCCCGCUUAGCUGUGAGCCUUCAAUCCUACACAAAACAAAAAGAGAAAUCACAUUUAUUUUCCUCAGUUAUUUCCCACUGUUUUCCUGGCAGCAUGGCGUUCCAGAAUGGGUUUACCCAGUAGGACAUAGACACACCUGGAUCUGAGAACUAAAUUUAAAGAACUGCUAGUGUUAGUGUUAACCAUUGCUUUUUCAUUUUGAUCUACCAACAUAAAAGUGAAUGAUAGUGCUAAGUUUCCACAUUUCUGAUACUUUCCCAUCUUUGUGCUGUGCAGAAAGUUGCGGUUUGUGAUGUUUUCAUUUAAAUCCCAUGCUCUGUUUCAAAACCUAAUGAGCUGCCUACGGAGGAAGCGUUUUAGGACUUCAUGAGUUCGCUCCUGACGCGGAGGCUGUUGUAUAAUGCAGGCAACCUAAUUAUGCUGCCUACUAAGAUGCCUUGUUUUACCCAAAUUCUAAGUCAGUAUUGCAUGUAUCCUUUGCGCAGAGGGCCAUCCCACAAUGCACUGUGACAGCUCAGAGGAGAAAAUAUUGUUUAGAGGUAUUUCUUUAUUGUAGUUUAGGAGAUUAGGUGCUCAGUUACUACAACUUGGACCCUAAAAAUUGCUGGGUUAUUUUUCAACCCAGUUAUGGGUCAAAAAGGGAUGCGCCCAGCCACUUGCGUUGAAAUUUAACUUAUGCUGGGCUGUUUUAACUCAUUGUUGGGUCAAGUAUAUCCAUUUUCGGGGUAAUUUAACCCAACGGUUGGCUCAUCCCUUUUUGACCCAAUGCUCGGUUGAAAAUAACCCAGCGUUUUUAGAGUGUAGUCAAAUGAUGUUGAAACCUAUCCCAGCAAUCAAUAGUCAUUCCACCAUUUAGUUUAACUAUAGACCCAUUAUAGUCUGGCUAUGAGUAACCUACUUCUAGCCAAAAUAAACUUGAAUUUGGUUACAUGUUUUGACAAAAUAACUAGCGCAAUAUAUAUGAUAUUUCUUCAUGUAAUCAAAGUCAACAGUUUUUUAUUUAACAUUUAUUUUUAUGUCUUGACAUCUAUUAAAAUUUUACUGACAGAUUUGCCUUGUUUUAGCCUCGACAUCUGGGCUGUGUUUGGACGCUAUAAUGUUACGUACACACCAAAUGCGUAGCAUCGCGUUGCUCGCUCUAGAUUAUUCGCGGGAUUUAACUUUGUGUCUUGCGAAUUUUUCACUUGAGUUGAAUAUUUUUAACUUGCGCGAAGACGCGUUUGAGGCGAAUAGCACGUGUUUUCGCGUCAAUCGCGCCGCCCAAUUUGCGUCAUUUGCAUCGCCCCGCACGAGGACGCGUCUGAUCGUGUCUUUGCAUUGACUUUGUAUGUAAUCUACUCGCGCAAAUUGUUGAACUCGCGUUUGGUGUGUAUGCCCCAUAAGAGGUCUUAUGCUACGUACACACCAAACGCGUAGCAUCGCGUUACUCGCUCUAGAUUACUCAUGGGAUUUAACUUUGUGUCAUGCAAAUUUUUCGCUUGAGAUGAAUAUUUUCAACUUGCGUGAAGGUGCGUUUGAGGCGAAUAGCAUGUGUUUUCGCGGCAAUUGCGGCGCCCAAUUUGCGUCAUUUGCAUCGCCCCGCACGAGGACGCGUCUGAUCGUGUCUUUGCAUUGACUUUGUAUGUAAUCUACUCGCGCAAAUUGUUGAACUCGCGUUUGGUGUGUAUGCCCCAUAAGAGGUCUUAUGCUACGUACACACCAAACGUGUAGCAUCGCGUUGCUCUCUCUAAAUUACUCGCGGGAUUUAACUUUGUGUCAUGCAAAUUUUUCGCUUGAGAUGAAUAUUUUCAACUUGCGUGAAGGCGCGUUUGAGGCGAAUAGCUCGUGUUUUCGCGGCAAUUGCGGCGCCCAAUUUGCAUCGUCCCACGUGAGAAGGCUUCUGAUCGCGUCUUUGCAUUGACUUUGACUUUUUAAUCUACUCACGCAAAUUGUUGAACUCGCAUUUGGUGUGUAUGCCCCGUUAUAAAUGCAAAAUCCAUUGCUGGGCUGAAACAAAUGUUAAAAUGCAUUAAGAGCAUGGAGCUAUACAAUUGUCUAGAUUGUAUAGGUAAAAUAAUCUGGAUUUGGGUAAAUUUGAUGAAAAAAUUUUAUGUUCACACUGAAACCUUCAAAAAUCUUGAUUGCAUAUUGAAUUUGAGCUCAGUUUGCUACAUUGUAAAGAUGUCUUUAAUGGAGACGUAUGUGAGAUUUCUCAGAUUUUUUCCAAGGAGAAAUAUCUGAGAAAGAAUUUAAAUGAGCUCUCUCCAAAUUUUGAUUCGAUCUCUGCUUGAUGUCUAGGAGAAAUAAUUAAAGAGAUUUUAUCUUUGAUUCUUCAUUAUAUUUAGAAGCCCAGUAAAAAAAUAAACAUAUACAGAAAAAUAUCAUUCAUGCUACAAACUUCAGCUCAAUUUAUCCAGGACUUUCUCACCCAGCGUGUUCUGUGUUCGUAUGCUCAUUAAUGUAUUGUAGUGUUAGCUUGCCAAUUAGUGAAGCACUAUCUACAGCGUUCCAAAAUCGUCCACAUUCGAGCUUCCAUGACGGUUGUCUAUACAGGCAUCUCGCUAGGCUUUGCAACAGAGUGUUUAUUUUUUAUCUGCGGCAUUACUCUACCAGUAAGCCUGAAUUGAUUCAGAUUUAUUUCUGCUCUCCGACUGCAGAGUUUGACAGUCGGCUUAAUGUUAAGCAGACUGCAGAGGUCAUCUUUGCCAACCCAUUCCUCUUUACAACCAGUUCAUUAGUUGUGUUGGCUGAUGUAACUGCACACGGUGACUUGGAGUGGGAAAGCGAGGGAGAAAGUGGAAAUGGAGAGAGAGGUGUGGUAAUUAUCUGGCCGGAAUAGCGAUUUGUCAUGACAUUUUUCUUACUUGGCGCAAGUUUUUAUCUGCUCAAAGAUCCCUGAAGUCAGCACAUCAUAUAGGCACAGUGGCAGGACAGGAGCAUGCCAUUUCAGCCUUUGGAAGUAAUCUGCACUAAUGGGGUACACGAGCUUCUCGCCUCCCAUGAUAUAUAUCUCCAAACCGCUGUUGCGGUUAAAACUAGUUUAUCUUUCCUUUAUUAACCACGGGCCAAGAUUCAAGGUUGCUGUCAUAUAUGAGUUUAAUAUUUUGCAUGUGUGGUAUUCACGACUUUGGUCACAGGAAGUGAGGUCAUUCAUACCAAACCAAACAGGUAAGUCCUCAAUUUUAUGCAGCUGUAUGCAUACAAUACAUUUACAGUGCCUGUUUUGUUUUUGUUGCUGUUUGGUCUGAUGCAGUUGUCAGUUUUCUUUUUCAUCAAUUCAUCAUUCUCCUUUGCAUAUGAGUGUUUGAUUUUUUUAUAAACGUUUACAGAACCCUACUUACUGUAGCUGGAGAAUUACACCUAAAAUCCCACUAAAUUUACUAUGUUUUGAACAGAUUGCUCUUUAAAAUCUUGAGAUUCUUGAGAAUGGCCUUACACUCACAUAAAAUUUGGAGGAUUAUGAGGAGGAUUAUGGUUACUUUUGGUAAAUGACUGAAGAACAGUCUAAUGGCGGACCUAUUGGAGAUCGAACACGUUUCCUUGGACUUCCUAAUCUAUGGGAUGUUUUGUCAUGUUUUAAACUUUGGAUCCUUCCCUUGCCAGCACACACAAUCCCAUUGGCUAAAGAAGAUGGCUAUUAAAGAAAAUCCUACUUGCACCAUUUAAGUUUUUUAUACAUAAGAUUGUACAAAGUAGUCCUCUACUGUUUUCAUAGAGUGUCUUUUUAUAUGAAAAUAAAUUUUCAAACAGA